GAUGCUUCACAGUGGGACAGACGUACGCAAGGAUUCGGUGGAGAGCGGGGACAACAGUUAUUUUAGGAAGGUGCUGCAGUGCUCUGUUGAACAGAUAGCUGUAGAAGAGAGAGCGUGACAGGACAGAGCUGGUUCAGCAGCCGCAGCACCAGAUCUCUGUUUCCCAGACGACCUUUGAUCGCGCCAUCAUGGAGGUCAUUCACAUCAACUCCUCUGUGCUCAACAUCUCUCACAGACCCGACAACUCCACUGUUGUAGAGAUGACAGUGUAUGAGCGAUGCAAACACAUGCCCACUAUCCUCAUUUGGUACCUGGGCCUUCAGUUUAUCAACACGUUCCUGGGCAUACCGGCCAACCUCACCGUGCUGUGGCUCAUCCACAAGAACAAAGACUCCUCCAGCUCAGAUAUCUUCAUCUUUCAACUGGCGAUAUUAGAUGUGCUCUUCUGUCUCAUCCUUCCUCUUGAACUGGCCAACAAACUCUUCCUUGACACCAGCAGCACCUGGUUCGUCCUGCGCUUCUUCUAUGGCCUGAAAGACUCCUCACCACUGUUUCUUUCCUGCAUCUGCUUGGACCGGUACCUAGCUGUGGUCCACCCCAUCUUCUUCACUGAGCUCAAUGGCCGGCAUCACAGAACAGUCCUGGCCAUAGUGGUCUGGAUUAUCAUUUUGGCUUAUACUGCUGCUUAUUGUGUAGGAAACAUUCCCAACUUUAAUAAGGUCUUUCCGGCUAUGAUACCAGCAGCAUUUGCUUUCAUGAUCUUCUGCAACAUUGCCAUUCUGUGGGCGCUGCGGCAGUCUGGGCCCGGCAGAGAUGAGAUGCACCCUAUGAAGAAGAGAGCCUUCAAAAUGGUCCUCAUCAUCCUGGCCAUCAUAGUGAUCCACUACCUUCCACCUGUGGCGCUGUUCCCCUUUGAGGAAUAUUUCUCUCCUGACGUGUUUCGAUGCUAUAUCCACUUCUUGGCCUUCGGCUUGAUGGAUUUCAGCAGUAGCAUUCAACCGAUGCUCUACCUCUCCAAGGAAAAGAUGCCACAGAGCUUCAACUGCUGUCACAGCUGCACCACUCAUGCACAAUAGACCCCCAUGAAAGGUUUCUAUAUUAAAGUUAAUCUAUGAAUAUGCUACUCACAUUGUUCAAUACAAGAAUAUUUUGGAUUUCUGAUACAUUUGUUUCACACAUCACAUUGUUUCAAGUAAAGUAUCACCACUUUGAGAAUUAACUACUUAAACACAGUUUUAACCCAAGACCCUAUUUGAACUUAGCAUUACCACAGUUCGCUUUCAGGUCCUAUGUGUAAGAAUUAGUGACAUCUAAUGGUUAGAUGCCGCCACAUAGCGGCCAUAUAUACGUGAAUAGUACUUACAAAAAGUUUCAUGAUUGGUCCAUUAGAUCGCCUUGGGUGGCAGCCCCAACAGACAUAUAGGAGGCAUUUGGCUUAAUUUGUCCACUAGGUGUCAUUCUGACAUUUUUGGUGACACAAUAUAAAUUUUUUUUGACCACUUUGUUUAGCUGCUGUAAGGCACGCUGUGGUGGCAAGCGAUUAUGUGUAGUGAGGGAGAUUGUAAAAAUUGAUGUAAAUAAUGUGAAGUCUGAUAAACUCCCCUAUACACAUAGGGCCAGUGGUUACUUCUAAAGUGCGCCAUCUAAAGGCCUUGGUAUACUUCCACAAGCAGCCCACGGCCCCAAUGCGCUCCAUGCGCACAACGCGAUAUGCGUCACCAGAUUUUGGAAGCAUGCGCAAAGAGCAUGUUGGGUGCAUAUGGACAACGCAUGCACAAACUGAACUUACGCCCCACCAAUAGGUGGAGUAUAAGCCCCGCUCACCAAGCAGAAAAUAUCAGCUGUCAUAGGGUGAAAGGGAGGGGAACACCCUGGAUAGGUCACCAGCCCAUCACAAGGCCACAUAGAGACAAACAACCACCCACUCUCAACACCCAAAU